AGAUAAAAUGGUGAAGUUCGAUAAAUGCUUGUCAAUGGUCUUUCCGCCUUUUGACAGCUCUUAAGCGAUCAUGGCAGUGCGAUAUGAACUUUGCGUUGGUCUCAAUAAGGGACAUAAGACCACAAAAGUGAAGAAUGUAAAAUAUAUUGGAGACAAGAAGGUUAAAGGCCUUCGUGGAUCACGUUUGAAGAACAUUCAAACCCGACACACCAAAUUCAUGCGCGAUUUAGUACGUGAAGUUGUGGGUCAUGCUCCUUACGAGAAGAGAACGAUGGAAUUGUUGAAAGUUUCAAAAGAUAAACGUGCUUUGAAAUUUUUGAAACGUCGUUUAGGUACACACAUUCGUGCCAAGAGGAAGCGUGAGGAACUGUCUAACAUCCUGACUCAAAUGAGAAAGGCUCAAACCCAUGCUAAGUAGAUGAGCAUAUAAUUCUUUGUACAAGUUAGAAAUAAAACGAGAACUUAGAAUUUAAAUAAUAA